AUGAUGCAAAGUGCGGCGGUCCUACAGACAGAGAGUCCUGUGAAGAGUUUACCGGAGAUUCUCGGAGUGCCACUGCAACAGAUCCCUCAGUGUGCCGGCUGUAGCCAACACAUCCUGGACAAGUUCAUCCUGAAGGUGCUGGACAGACACUGGCACUCCAAGUGCCUCAAGUGCGCCGACUGCCAGACUCCGCUGGCGGACAAGUGUUUCUCCCGAGCAGGAGGCGUCUACUGCAAAGAGGACUUCUUCAAGCGCUUCGGAACAAAAUGUGCAUCAUGCCAACAGGGGAUCCCUCCGACGCAGGUUGUGCGGAAGGCGCAGGACUUUGUGUAUCACCUGCACUGCUUCGCCUGCAUCAUGUGCAGCCGGCAGCUGGCCACCGGGGACGAGUUCUACCUCAUGGAGGACGGGAGGCUGGUGUGCAAGGUGGAUUAUGAAACAGCAAAGCAGAACGACGACUCAGAGGCGGGGACCAAGCGACCGAGGACCACCAUCACCGCCAAGCAGCUGGAGACCCUCAAAAGUGCCUACAAAAACUCGCCGAAGCCAGCACGCCACGUCAGAGAGCAGCUGUCCUCAGAGACGGGACUAGACAUGAGAGUCGUGCAGGUUUGGUUCCAGAACCGACGAGCAAAGGAGAAGCGCCUGAAGAAAGACGCAGGUCGACAUCGCUGGAGUCAGUUUUAUAAAAGUGUCAAACGCAGCCGAGGAGGAGCCAAAGUGGAGAAGGAGAGCUCGGCUGACGACGCAGGCCUCAGUGACAGCGAGCUGAGCUUCAGAGACGACCAGGUCCUGUCCGACCUCGGCCACACCAACGGGCUCUACGGGAGCGUCGGGGACAUGACCAGCAGCGCGGUGCUGAACGGGGGCUUCUCGGUGGACCGCGGCGGCCCAGCCUACCACGACAUCCGAGCAGGGAGCCCCUACGGACUCCCCCAGUCGCCCUCCUCCAUCACCUCUCUGUCCGGCCACACCCCUCUCCUCAACAACCUGGGCUUCAACAUGGACAGUCUGGUGGUGCAGGGGGGCGCCGGCGGGGUGGGGCAGGCUCUGAGGGCCAUGGCGGGGGGCCCCACCUCAGACCUCUCGACGGGCAGCAGUACGGGCUACCCGGACUUCCCCACCAGCCCGGCCUCGUGGCUGGACGAGAUGGACCAUUCCCAGUUUUGA